GGGGUGCGAGUGGGGGGCGGGCAGUAGACACGUGGGCAGACGGGGAGACGUCAGGGGGUAGGAGGGGCCACCAGGAUGAGGAGGGGGCCCGCGAGGAAAGUUAAGCCACCCAGCGGUGUGUGGAAGUGUGUUCUGGGCAGAGGGAACAGCAAGUGCGCAGAAGGACACAGGCUUGAUGUGUUUGACAAACAGCCGGAGGCCAGCGUGGCAAGUGCUGGGGCCGUGGGGGGAGGAGGUGGUCGGCAGAGGCCUUCCUCGUGGGCCUGCUGAGGAGUUGGGAUUAGCCCUGUGAGCGCGUGGUCUGUUUUCUGUGCUUAGGCCGUCUCCCAGCUGCUUUGUGGACUUGAGGUUGGCUGGCGGGGAGGAGGCAGGGACACCAGUCAGAUCAGAUGUCCAGUGGGUGAAAGAUAACUGUGGCUUAGACUGUGAUGGUGGAGUAGAAGUGAAGUAAGUGGGUCAAGAAGUAUGUUGGAGGUGGAACUGACAGGACAGGAUUUGAGGAAGGAGAGAAAGAGUGGUCAGGGUGACUUCAUCGUUCGUCUGGGGGUUUGGGCUUAAGUGUUAUGCUGGCAUUUACUAAUGACUUUGGACUAGAUUGGGGGUGUGAAUCGAGAAAUCUGCUUGGGGCACUUAAAGUUUAGAUCUCGUGAGUGGAGCCAUCAGAUAGGCGGUUCGAUGUGCUAAUCUGGAGCUCACAGAAAGGUUAGGGCUAAUGGAAAGAACUUAGAAAUCAUGGGCAUGGCGAUUGGAUGGGAUGAGGUUACUCAAAGUGAGAAUUAAGAUAGAGCUUGUGCGCUCCACUAUGGACUCUUGUAGGGAGAAGCAGAGAGAACCAUUUAGGAGACUAAUGCAUCGUGUGGGGGAAAGAGGAUGGUGGCUCAGGUGAUGGUGGUGGAGGUCAGGAGAUGUGAUCCUGUUGGAGAUGUUUUGUGAGGGUAGAGCUGACAGUAUUUUGAUUGAUUGUGCGCCAAGGGAAAAAGCAGAAUCAAAGAUAAGAGCAAGAUUCUUGGCCUAAGCAACUAGGUGAAUGGUGGUCCCACUGGCCGAGGUGGGAAGAGGAGCAGGUUUGGACGAGGACAAGAAGGCAGUUGGAUAUUCUUCUGGGGUUCAUGGGGAGGUCAGAGAGAGAGAGACACAUUGGGGAGAUGUCAGCUUAAUGGAGGCAUUUCCAGGAUGGGACUGCAUUAGGUCACAUAGCAUAGUGGUUCUCAAUCCAUUGGAUACGACACCCUCUUUUUAAUGACAAAUAUUUCAUUAACAACCCCCCUUAUUAUCCUAAAAUGAAAUUUAUGGUUCAUAAAAACUGCCUACGUAUAACUUUUAAAAAAUUGAUGAUGCCCUAACCACAAUAUAAAAGAGAAAUAAAAGGAAAGUAAUUGACAACAAAAUAAAAUGUGUUUCAAUAUGUAAGUUCCUGUGCACAAGGACACUGGAAGUCACAAUGAAGCAGUCGAUGCUUUCGCCACUUUCCCCAUAGAACCUCUGGGAAAGUGAUAGCCACGGUGCAGACUACUACAGCUCGAAAACCAUGAGUGCCAUUGCUGUAGAUAAUGUGGUUUUUCCGGGAACUCGUGGUACCCUUUUAUCAAGAACAGUUCAUUCUCCCCUCAGGGUAAAUGGUAAAUGUACUCUUGGAAACUUUAGUGCAUAGUAGAACCAUGGAAAAACUGUUCUGUUACAUGUAAAAACAGUUGGGUUCUAGGUUCAGGUAAUUAUAAGCAGAUCUUUGGCCUCCAUGAAUGUCCAGGUCAUGUAGGGUGCCAAACAAUUCUGUUAUGUGGACUAUCUCCCUUAUAGUCCCCACUCACUUAAGUUAGGAGCGUCCCCCCAAACACCACCACAGGUUUCCAAAGUUCCCUUGAAGAGAACUACAGCCCUGUGAUGUCCUUUGGGCAGAGGCUUGUGCCAGCUCCCAGUUUGUGUUGGGGGAGGGGAAAUGAUAACCCAGGUUCCAGAGUACAGAACUGAAUGUGAUUACUCCCUUCAGAAAGGACUGGGGGUGGGGGGAAGGAAGAUGUCUGAUCACAUGGUUCUAGGAAGGCUUCAAGAAAGAGGUGGCAUUGCAGCAAGGUGGGAAUGUUUCAGAGGAAGAGGUGAGGGAGGAAGAACACACAAAUGAAGCAGUAGGUGGGAUAACGCUGGACCCGGGUCAACCUGGUCUUCCUGGAGCCUGGCAUGCUCUGGGCACUCAUUAGGGUUGGCUAGAUUGGUAGGGAGGCAACGAGUUGUUUAGUUUGGCAAGACCCUAAGGAGGCACCGCCUCUAUGGGAGUGGUUGCUAGAGGCUAGGGCAAGGUCGGUAUUGGUUUCUUGGUCCAUUUUUAACAUCUUAAAGACUAGAUCAGUCCCCUGAAAAUCACAUGCCUCCUCUCUUGCACUGAGUUAUGAAACCAUAUGGAGAACCUUAAUGCGCCAGGUGAGUGUAAGGCUAAUGUGGACAUGGUGAUCCUUGUCUUCAUGGAGCACACAGCCUCCCAGGCGUCACAGAGACCACUCCAAUCAUCGCGCCCUGCGCAAGUGCGAUGAGUGAAAAGUAGGGGAGCCGUGAGAGCAGCCUGAAACUCAGGGGGACGCGUGGGGGGUCCCUGAGGAAGCGACAGCUGAGCUGAAGAUGAGUGGGAGCAGCUGAGAAAGGAACGAAGGGCAGGCAGUGUUGAGUUCCUUCAGGCAGCAGGAGAGAGCCCAGGGUGUCUGGGGAACUGGAAGGCGGUGGUGAGCCUCGGGCACGGAGAGCCUGGAGCUGAGGCCGGGAGGCCUGCAGGGACUGGAUCAGGCCUUAGCCGCAGGAAGGGUUUAUGGUCAUCAUCAUAAAAGCACUAGAAGCCACCAAAAGCUAGCAUCUUAUCUGACAUGAUCAGAUUUACAUUUUUAAAAGGUCACUUUGGUGGCAAUUCAUGGAGAACAGCUUGAGGUGAUAAGAGAGUGGACGUGGGUGUGGGCUCCUUCCUGCUGUCCUGUCUCCUCUGACCUGCCCCCUGCUGGGUGGGGAUGGGGUGGGCGAAGCCAGAUGGCCCUCACUCUGCACAAGCCACCAGAGCUGCCUUCUCAUCCUUCCAGCCUUAGACCCGGGGACCUGCAAGCCCUGCAUCCAGUUACUAGUCAUGGAGAGGGUCGGCUCAGGCCACCAGCCCCUUAGGUGAGGACUCUGCCUGGGGCUCUGUUGACGAUUCCGAAUCAUGGAGACGAAGAGAACUCCUCUGGCCAGGAGCCAUUCUUGUUGAAAGUCGUGAGCCAGCUUGACUGGCUCUUCCUGCGGGCUAUCUUCAAGAGAGGUGCCAGCCCCCACUGACCCAGAGCUAGCAAGUUGCAGCCUCCACGGAUGGGGAGGUGGGCCCUGGAAGUGGCCUUUGUGUGGAAGGCGGUGUUGACUCUGGGGCUGGUGCUUCUCUACUACUGCUUCUCCAUCGGCAUCACCUUCUACAACAAAUGGCUGACGAAGAGCUUCCACUUCCCCCUGUUCAUGACGAUGCUGCACCUGGCCGUGAUCUUCCUGUUCUCUGCCCUGUCCAGGGCCCUGGUUCAGUGCUCCAGCCACAGGGCCCGCGUGGUGCUGAGCUGGACCGACUACCUCAGAAGAGUAGCUCCGACAGCACUGGCAACGGCGCUUGACGUGGGCUUGUCCAACUGGAGCUUCCUCUACAUCACCGUCUCACUGUACACAAUGACCAAAUCCUCAGCUGUCCUCUUCAUCUUGAUCUUCUCUCUGAUCUUCAAGCUGGAGAAACUGCGUGCAGCACUGGUCCUGGUGGUCCUCCUCAUCGCCGGCGGCCUCUUCAUGUUCACCUACAAGUCCACGCAGUUCAAUGUGGAGGGCUUUGCCUUGGUGCUGGGGGCCUCGUUCAUCGGUGGCAUUCGCUGGACCCUCACCCAGAUUCUCCUGCAGAAGGCGGAACUAGGUCUCCAUUUGUCCACAUCUGAGAAAAUCUUCCGUUUCCAGGACACAGGGCUGCUCCUGCGGGUACUUGGGAGCCUCUUCCUUGGCGGGAUUCUCGCCUUUGGUUUGGGCUUCUCUGAGUUCCUCUUGGUCUCCAGAACUUCCAGCCUCACUCUCUCCAUUGCUGGCAUUUUUAAGGAAGUCUGCACUUUGCUGUUGGCGGCUCAUCUGCUGGGUGAUCAGAUCAGCCUCCUGAACUGGCUGGGCUUCGCCCUCUGCGUCUCGGGAAUCUCCCUGCACGUGGCCCUCAAAGCCCUGCACUCCAAAGGUGAUGGCAGCCCUAAACCCUUGAAGGGGCAGGGCUCCAACCCUGACCGGGAGCUGCUGCUCUGGAGCAGCCAGCAGGGGGAAGACGACUAUGAGGAGGAGGAGGACUGCUUAGUGGCCCAGGGGCAGCAGUGACCAGCCAGGGGACCCGCUUGGAAGCAGGCCGCUCCACGGCCCUCACACUUGACGGUGGUUUGGGGACCCGUGUGGCUCCUCACAGCAGCCGGGGAAGCGGUGACUGGAACCUCGCAGGCUGGGCCUUGGAUCGCACACGACCACAUGGUGGGGCUAGGUCAGGGAGCUGGUCAGACAGCGUGCUGGGCACCAGCCACCCUGGGGCCUGGCGGGACCGGGUCCAAGCCGUGCUGCAGUCACAGCAGAAGGGAGGGGCUGUUCUCAGCUGCCCGCCAGGCUCUGAUAGCCGAGAGUAAGAUUUCAGAGGCAUAACAGGUUUCUGAGGGGCCUGGGUUUGGUCUGUGGAGCGGUUGGAAAGGGGAUGGAGAGGCCGGGGCCUCAUCACCUGGAGAGCAGCUUUUCUCAGCAGAUCUAUUUAUAGUUUGGAAAUAAAAGGGUUUACGGUCUACUGGC